AUGAGGAGUUUAGAGAAAGCAGUAAAGGAACGAGACGAGUCUGGUCUAGAGAAAGCACGUCUCAAAGGACAACUGGAAGAGAUAGAGAAAAAGAUUAACGACGCCAUGAUAGCUCUCUGCAGUAAGGAGAUGAAACAAGCAGAGAGUCUUUACCAUGAAGUUGUUGUGAGCAAGAUUGUCACGCAGGAGAUGAUUUCGGAUUUGGAGAAGUACAUGCAAUGCCUUGACAGCUCGAUCAUUCAGUUCCACAGCGAUAAAAUGAUUGCAAUAAACAGAAUUUUGGAUGAUUUGUGGCGUAAGGUCUACGGUGGCACUGACAUUCAAUCUAUAAGUAUCAAAUCAGAAUGUGCAGCAAGUACAGAAAAGAGGAAGGUUUAUGACUACCGGGUAGUGAUGGUGAUCAAAAAUGGUGUCGAACUAGAUAUGAGGGAUCGUUGUAGUGCAGGGCAAAAGCGUAACCAGUUUCAGAUGCUGGCAUGUAUACUUAUUCGAAUAGCAUUGGCUGAUGUAUUUGGAGGAGCAUGCUCAAUAAUUGCACUCGACGAACCAACGACAAACCUUGAUGCGUUGAAGGUCUUUUUCUAUUGA